ACAGACAGUUCGCUGCGGUACGAAGAAAAUCGAGAGAAAUGAAGCUCCUGGGUGUUUCGGCGUUUUGCGCACUGCUAAUGUUGGCGGGCGCCGAAGGAACUAACGAAAAAUCAUCAUCGUCGGCCGAAGCGAAACCAGCGGAGUCCCAGACCAAAGAAAAGCGGGGUCUGGACCUGGGGUAUGGAGGCGGCGAUCACGGUUUCGGCGGGGGCGGCGACUACGGAGGCGGCGAUUACGGGGGCGGCGAUUAUGGUGGCGGUCACGAUUUAGGAGCGCAUUGGUCUCAACCUGACUGGCAACCAUUACACCAAGGUGGUGGUUAUGACGGCGGUCAUCAUCACGAAAAAACGGUGACAAUCGUGAAGAAAGUACCGCAACCCUAUCCGGUGACCAAGGAAGUACAUGUUCCGGUAGAGAAACAGAUUCCAGUACCCGUUAAAGUUCCGUACCCUCAGCCAUACCCAGUUGAGAAGAAGAUACACGUCCCAGUGAAGGUACCAGUCAAGGUAACCGUACCGGUUCACAAACCCUAUCCAGUCGAGAAAACAGUACCGUACCCAGUCAAAGUACACGUCGACAAACCGUACCCAGUCAAAGUUUUGGUACCGCAACCCUACCCGGUCUACAAGGACGUCCACGUACCCUACAAAGUCCCAGUACCCCAACCCUAUCCCGUCGAAAAGGAAGUACCCUACCCGGUGAAAGUACCGGUCCACGUCCCCAAACCCUACCCCGUCGAAAAAAUAGUACCCUACCCCGUGAAAGUUCACGUCGACAGACCGUACCCCGUCCACGUGCCCAAACCCGUACCGGUACCAGUCGAGAAGAAAAUCCCCUACCCCGUAUUCAAACCGGUACCGGUUCCGGUCAAAGUACCCUACGACAGGCCGGUGCCCUACCCCGUAGAGAAACCCGAACCGUACCCCGUCAAAGUACCCGUACCGGCCCCGUACCCGGUCGAGAGGAAAGUACCCUAUCCCGUCGAGAAACCCGUACCGUACCCCGUGAAGAUCCCCAUCUUCAAUCCGGUACCCUACACGGUGGAGAAGAAAGUACCGCAUAUCGUCGAACGACCCGUUCCGGUACCCGUUAAAGUACCGGUACACAUCCCCAUUAAGGAGGAGCACCACGAGUACGGCGGUCACGAGGAGUCCUACGGGGGCGGUCACGAUUUGGGCGGUCACGAUUUCGGGGGCGGCGAUCUCGCCGGGCACGGGUACCAUUAGUACUACCAUUAGUACUAUCCCGUGUACGUUUCAUUAUAGUUUAAAAAAACAGAAAUUGAAGCGGUACUGUUUCUUGUCAGUAUUACUGUACGUUGCCUUGUGAUUUAUUAUAUUUUUUUGUUUGUUAUUAAAUUGUAUUUUGUAUAUUAA